GAAUAAUGAGUUGAGGGCUUAGAUAUAAAGGGUAUGAAAGAUCUCCUUCUCUCGAAUAACUUGUUCACCAUAUUUGAAGGGCAACAAGGACUUCCAAGUGCGCUUAAAACUGAAAAUUUUCUCAUUUCGUAUACUUAUAUCAGUUUUUCUCAAAACUUUAUCACCCAAGAUGAAAUACUUACGAAGUCUCACGGCUGCUGGGUUGCUCCAUCUAGCAGUCGGCCUCCCUAGACCACAGAUGGUAUACGAAGGCAACCAGGGAAACGUCGGCGGCGUUGACCCGCCAAUUCCCACCUACACCGGCGCCCCCGUAGGUGACCUACGCGGGUCAACGAAUUUGCAAGGCGGCAUCGCAUCGCGUCCGCCAGUUGACGGAGGUGAUUCGGCCGUUGUACAGGAUCCGGAACUAGUUGGCGGCCAAGAAGCCGACGCCGGCCUUGGCCUGUACUUAGAUUUCAACAGUGCUACUUACCCCAACGGCCCUCAACCCAUCCGCGGUGGUAAGGGAGGGACCGAUCCGGGUCCGCGAACGUACGAGUACGAGAAGCUGAACCCGGACACAUACGCUCCGCCCUCGACGGACUUGGGAACUGUGCCCCAGGCCAUGUGGCCUCUAGGUUUGAGCCACAACCUAUUCGGUUCAGGCGAGGAAUCUGGCUGGGCUCGGCAGCAGAACCAGGAUGUCCUUCCUGUCGCUAGUGCGAUGGCGGGUGUCGACAUGCGUCUUGCGCCGAAUGCAUACCGUGAGCUGCAUUGGCAUACUUCUGGUGAAUGGGCUUUGGUAUUAAAGGGUUCAGUCCGCGUCGCGGCUAUCGACACAGACGGAGCGUCUUUCGUCGACGAUGUCACGGCAGGAGACGUAUGGUUCUUCCCGCAGGGCGUCCCUCACAGUCUGCAAGCCUUACACGAAGGUGCUGAGUUCCUGUUGAUAUUCGACAGCGGUACUUUCUCCGAGACCGACACGUUCCUCGCUACCGAGAUGCUUAUGCGCACUCCCAUCUCCGUCUGGGCCAAGGAUCUGCAGACUGACGUUAGCUCGUUCGAUGACAUCCCCGAUGCGGAAAAAUAUAUUUUCAAUGGCACUCCCGCCCCGGCCAAUAUCACGGAGCAGAACAUCACGUCUUCGGCCGGCGCCUUGUGGGGACCCACGGGAUACACGUAUCACUGGUCGCAACAACAACCCCACAAUACGACCGGCGGAUCCGUCAAAAUCCUCGACCCGCUCACCUUCCCGGUAGCGGAUAUGUUCUCCGCAGCUCUCGUUGUCCUGGAACCUGGUGCACUGCGGGAAGUGCACUGGCACACAGAGAGCGACGAGUGGUCGUACUUCCUGCAGGGGUCGGCGCGCAUCACGGUAUACGCUGCGCCCGCCUCAUCACAGACCUUCGACUUUACCGCCGGCGACGUCGGGUACAUCCAAAAGUCGAACGGGCACUACAUCGAGAACACGGGGACCGAGGACGUCAUCUUUCUCGAAGUUUUGCAGGCCAAGAAAUUUUCUGAUAUCAGCGCCGCCCAGUGGCUCGCUUUGACACCUAGACAGGUUGUCAAAGACACCUUGAAUCUGUCGGAUGAGGUGCUCGAUGCUAUACCCAAGGAGAAGACGCUGCUCAAGCCGGGUAACCCGAAUAUGACUGCUAUCGCUGGUGGCGGCCAGAAUUUUUAGAUGGGCGGAUUGAUCGAGCCGUGCGAUGAGAAAUGAACUUCUAGGGAGAGUUGGCAAGGUUUAAUGAAUAGUUAGGUAACAAUUAGACGUUGGAAAGGGUGAGGAUUAUUGUCAUAUAGAGCUUGGGAUUUUUAUGAUGUCUUGUUAGCGUUGUCCGCCUCUUUAAUUCGUAAACUAUU